CUUGCAUUAUUCUUGCCUUCGUUUCUUCCCUUCUGAAAAAAUAAAAAAAGAAAAGGAGAGAAAACCCUAAUCUCUUUCCACUCUCUCAUACUGAGAAACACUGAAAAUCUCGUCAUUUUCAAUUUCCAGUCGAUUAUUAAAAAUGGUCGCAUUUUCUCUUGAGAAUAUCGCAGAUUGAGAGAAGAAGCUCGCCUUAAACCCCUGCCAUGUCGGAUUCUUCUAGAAGGUUCGGGAUAGGCUACGCUCUCGCCCCCAAGAAGCAGCAGAGCUUCAUCCAGCCGUCCCUUGUAAACCUAGCGAACCAACGGGGCAUCGAUCUCAUCCACAUCGACUCCGAUCAGCCGUUGAUCGACCAAGGCCCAUUCGACUGCAUCAUCCACAAGCUCUCCGGACCUGAUUGGAAAUCCCAGCUCCAUGAAUACUCCAUCCGAAACCCGACUGUCCCCAUCAUCGACCCGCUCGAUGCCAUCGAGCGCCUUCACAACCGCAUCUCCAUGCUGCAGGUCGUCUCCGAAUUGGAUGUCCCGCAGGGGCACGCGACGUUCGGUACUCCCAAGCAGAUUGUGAUCUAUGACUCGGCGGCGCUGUCGGACCCUGCUGUGCUGGCCGGGCUCAAGUUCCCGAUCAUCUCCAAACCCCUUGUUGCUGAUGGGAGUGCAAAAUCCCACAAGAUGGUGCUCGUCUUCAAUCACGACGGCCUUCUCAUGCUCAAGCCCCCACUCGUGCUGCAGGAAUUCGUUAACCACGGUGGGGUUAUCUUCAAGGUCUACGUCGUGGGUGACUAUGUUCAAUGUGUGAAGCGGAAGUCUCUGCCGGACGUGUCUGAGGAGAAUCUGGACCGGUCGGAGGGCUCGCUGUCCUUCUCACAGGUGUCGAACAUGACGCCAGAGGACCGCAGUGAUGACAGGUACUACGAGACAAUGCAUCUGGAGGAGUCUGAGAUGCCGCCGCUGAGCUUUAUCACAGGGAUUGCAAGGGAACUGCGGCGGGCCAUACGGUUGAACCUGUUCAAUUUUGAUGUGAUCCGCGAUGUAAAGGCUGGGAACCGGUACCUUGUGAUCGACAUCAAUUACUUCCCGGGGUAUGCCAAGAUGCCGUCAUACGAGUCUGUCUUGACAGAUUUCUUUUGGGAUAUUGUUCACCAGAAGGUGGAAGACAUGGGCUUUGAUCAAUGCCAGCCUGAUUAUGAUUUCGAUAAAGAAGAUCAGAAGCUUGUACGGAAAAGUCAUUGCACUGAUGGGGAUGAUGGGGUGGUUUCUGUGUCAUCGAUAGGCAGAGAAGAAUCAGAGAAUGCGAUCCGAGUGUGAGGGAAAUGUGUCAUGAUGUGCUCCCGAAAGGCGAGGAAUGCACGUUGAAUUUUUCGGGAUAUUAACUGAAAUCGUGGGUUAAAUGCGAUCCAAGAAAGGUAGUUUUUGUGCUCUUUUGCUGGUUCUGAGGUCGAACAGAGUGAGCAGGCACGUGUUACAAAUCGCAGAUGGUUGGGGGGCUGGGGGUGGGGUUGAAUAAAAUGGUUCUAAGCGUUUGGGUUUCCGCCUUUUCUCUGUCUUUGUUUCAUGUUUAACACUGAUCUUGUAUAUUAUUCCAUUGUGCCGUAGAUAGGUAUUUAUUUAUCGAAUACUUGAAAUUCUAGGAAGUUUUAUGGUGUAUCUCCAUGCUUAAAAAGCUGUUAUAAACUUCUGAUCUGAUUUUAGCA